AUGGUUGCUGAAGACUAUGAGAAAAUCCUCAAGGGAAAAUAUACCGCGAAGAAGCAUGUUCAGAACGUCGUGAAUUUGAUCCGGGACAGUGAACCAGAUGUCCGAGGCCUCAUCUACAUUGAAGGAAGCAAAACCAGAUUCUUGGAAGAAAGUGAUCUAGAAGAGACAUUCAGACAACGCCGCAAUUUCUACUACCUUACCGGAUGUAACCUAAAGAACUGCUCUUUCAUUUUCGACAUACAAUCAUGCCAAUCAACGCUGCUGAUUCCCGCUGCAGACCCAGAAGAGAUUAUCUGGUCUGGAGUACCUCUAAGCAUCCAAGAAGCUCUGGACCGCUAUGAUGUUGAUCACGUCCUCUACACAUCCGAAACCGAGACAUUGUUAGAGCAUCUCAUUGCAAAAUACCCGGAGUCGACUCUGUAUACCUUGCCAUCUCCAGCAUUUAAACUCGGGAGCAAGGAUUCAUUCCGCCAAGAUGAUUCUCUACUCCUGAAGAAUGCCAUCGAAGCUGCACGUGUUAUCAAAGACGAGUAUGAAGUCGCCAUGAUCCGAAAGGCCAACUACAUAUCCAGCAUGGCGCACCUGGAAGUUAUGAAGAGAGUCAGAACCUUAUCAUCAGAGUUAGAGAUCGAGGCAGGGUUUGUAGCGAAUUGCACAGUGAAAGGGUCAAGGACGCCGGCAUAUCCUUCCGUCGUUGGAAGUGGACGAGCAGGAGCGAUCUUGCAUUACGAAGACAAUAAUGCAAGUCUUGAAGGAAAACUUAAUGUUCUACAUGAUGCCGGAACCGAAUGGGAGUGUUAUGCAUCCGAUAUUACAAGGACAUUCCCCAUAUCCGGCAAGUUUUCUCCCGAAUCUAAAGCGAUCUACGAACUCGUUCUCAAGAUGCAGAAAGACUGCAUGGCCAUGAUAAAGCCAGGCGCCAAUUGGGACGAUAUUCACAUCCAAGCACACAAAAUUGCCAUUGACGGCCUGCUGGAGUUCGGAAUCAUGAAAGGAGACAGGGAAGAGAUAUUCGCUUCUCAGACAAGUCUUGCGUUCUUCCCUCAUGGCUUAGGACAUUACCUCGGGUUAGAUGUUCAUGACGUUGGUGGCAAGUCGAACGAUCGGGACGAGAAUGGUAUGAUGCGGUAUCUGCGAAAACGGGGCCCGCUUCCUACAGGCUCCGUGGUCACUGUUGAACCUGGAAUUUAUUUCUGUAAAGAGAUCAUCUUACCGCACCUCGAGUCCGAAAAACAUCAACGGUUUAUCGAUGAAGAUGUGUUGAACAGGUACUGGGAGGUUGGUGGCGUGCGCAUCGAGGACAACGUACUAGUGACGGACGACGGUUAUGAGAAUCUGACCAUGGUUAUGAAGGAAGUGAGUGAAAUUGAGGCUCUCGUCCGUUAA